GGUACUCGUACUCUCAUACGAGUACCAGGAAUACGGCAAGCACAAUACACAAAGCACGCCUAGAUAAUUCCCCUUACUCAAGCAACCGGCGUUGCCACGAUUAUUCUGUAUGCCAGCAACUGGCUUUCUUGUAGUAAUCGCAAUCCUGAAUCGAGCGAAAGGCAUGCUCGUCGGAAUAGAAUAGCUCCAUUCUCAAGGAAUCGGCUUGAGGUUGCGUUUGGGGGAACAAAAACUUUCGAUAAUUCCAUGUUAUCUGCGAUUGAAAUUCAGUAAGAUCUCGCAGGUUCACUAGGUUGGUUACAGGCGAAGACGAUCAACGCUAUGUGGAGCAGAGGACGACAUGCCGCACUUUUGCGGGGGCCCGAAAUAUUCGAACCAGGUGGAACUGCAUUCGAUGCGAUAGAGAUAAUGGACGACGACGACGACAGCAACGACGACGAUGGAAACAAAAAGCCCGCCGCCAUUGGAAAUUCAGCUCCCAAACCAUCGCCUAUUCGAGACGGGGAGGUCGUGGUGUUGGAAGGGCCGCCCAUUCGUACAUCACAGGAUCGAAGAAAGCCUCCGCCGAGAGCAAACACGCCACCACAAAAUCCACCAUCGCCCCUCGUUCGGAUCAUGGAAAUUUUUCCGGACGCAGACAUAGACUACGUCGAAAAGAAACUUAGGGAGCAGAGCAACAAGAUCGAAGUCGUCGUGGCAGUUAUGUCUGAAGGGGAWUAUCCGAAACAAAAGAAUGGAUCUUUGUCGGAUACAACUUCUGGUCCUAACGUCAACAACACCAUCAUCCGGGCACAGAAAACAACGGAGCCGAAGCACGACUACUCCUCUCCCGCUGCUUCGUUUGAUUUGACCCCCACGUACAACGGAGAAUGUAUGAAUUUGCUACUCUUUGAUUUUUGUUUUCUACAGAAGAAAGCCAUUAAAAUCUUGCUCUCAGAAAAUCAAGGGCGAUACACCCUGACCCGCAACUUCAUCCAAGACACAUUGGUUGGAAAAAGCCCAAAUCCGCCGGCGGCGGCCGGUGCAGGUUCUGCGGCAGCGAUGCGAAUCGAAAAAGAAGAAGACAACAACUAUCGGCUCCUCCGAAGCGCUUUGAAACGGGGCGUCAUUCCAGAGAAUGUCAGAGACCGCUUUGGAGGUCGAAUGCAACUUAUGAAAAAGCCUCGGAAAAAGAUUGGCGUCUCCUGCCCAGCGAUCACGGAUCCUGUUCUGAUGGACGAACACUUUCACUACGAAAAACGAUUCAAUGAGUGGUUGGACAAGGUUCAAGGCCGAAUGAGGGGCCAGGCCAACAACGAAUUGGCCCUGAAAGACGGAUCGGCUGUGCAGUGCUUGUGUUGCUUCGACGACGUGGCCAUUUCGGAAUGUGUUUCGUGCAAGGAAAACGGGGUGAGUGAAAGAGAAGCCUGAUUGAUUCAAGAGAGUGCACUCGAGUGCUUUGCUUCGAAUGUUCGCUCGUCGAAAGCUACUAAGUAUCCAAAGCCAUGCUAGAUAUUUUUCUCACAGAUUUUUUUAAACUUCGCAACAUCUGAUUCUACCUCGCAUGCCUAUUGUUUUCAGCAUCUUAUUUGCAAAGAAUGCAUGGUUCAAUACAUCGAAAGUCAAGUCUUCAGUUGCGGAAAUCUGGGAGUCGAUAAGGUCACCAAAAAGCCUGCCUUGGAAAUCAAGUGCUGCGAUGGAAGUGGGUGCAACUCUGGUUUUCGAGACGAGGUUUUGGAAAAAAUUCUUUCGUCCAAAACCUGGGAGAAGUACUCGGAGAUGCAAACCAAGGCCCAGAUCGAGCAGGCCGGACUUGGAGACAGCUUGGCGAUGUGUCCCAAGUGUGGAUACCAAGCCGAGGUGCCCGACACACAAAACAAUUUCGAAUGCCCGGUCGAAGGAUGCCGGUUUGUCUCAUGCCGAAAAUGCGGCAAGGCCUCGCACAUUCCUCUGAGAUGCGAGGAAGUCAAGGAAAAGGACCGCCAAGAUGCAGGGCGUCUCAAGGUCGAGGAGGCCCUCAGCGAAGCCAAGAUGCGGACCUGUCCGAAAUGCAAGAAGAAGUUCAUCAAAAUCGAUGGGUGCAACAAGAUGACCUGUCCCUGUGGCAUGAAAAUGUGCUAUGUGUGUCGAACGCCCCUCAACAAACUCAGCAACCCGUACACUCAUUUUUGCAACACGCCCCACUGCGAUCAUUCGUCGUGCGGCAAAUGCAAGAUGUACAGCAACGACGAGGAAGAYGACGCCCAGGCGAUGCGAGAAGCCGGCAUUGCUGCCAAGGAAGAAUACGAGGCACAACUCCWAAACGACGAUGGAGUUCAAGGAGCGUCCGCGAACUUGAAUCUGGAUGUGGACCAAAUGAUUCACGAUCCCUACAGUUCAAACAGUAGAAAGAGAAAGGAGCGAGAGCAACGUGCACCGCGUGCACCGCGUCGGGUGCGGCAUGUAAGGGGACGGCUCCAAGAAGGAUAGAACCCAAAAGUUUGAUAUGGUACUCGACAGCGAAAGCAGAAAUGUGCGUCAUUCGUGGGAAGAACAAAUCAAUUCUGAAAUGGGAAAAGCUAAUGGGGAUAAAGUUUGUAGUAACGGUAUUAUAAACACAGCUUUAAUU